GUUUCCGAGUCGCGAUCCGUCGGGUACGUGAAAAGAAUGCAGCACCGUAUAUGAUUCAUAAAUCUCUCGUGCUAGGCUCGACCGUUUCAGGGUCGCUUACAGAAUCCUGCGGAGAUGCUCGAGGUUGGCUUGAGGGUUGUGCGUGGACAGGAUUGGAAAUGGGACGACCAAGACGGCGGAGAGGGUCACACCGGCACGGUUGUAGAAAUCGGGAAACCUCCGUCUUAUGGGAAUCCAGCUAGUCCGUACGCGUCGGACAGGACACCUGAUAAAACAGUGAUCGUUCAGUGGGAUCACGGAUCGAGAAGCAAUUACAGAAUAGGAUAUCAAGGAGCUUACGAUCUGUUGGUGUUCGACAAUGCAGCCACGGGCGUUAAACAUCCAGAGAUCAUAUGCGACGGAUGUAAGAAGCGGGGAAUAAUCGGGAUUCGAUGGAAAUGCGUUCAAUGCUGCGACUACGAUCUGUGCACGCAGUGCUACAUGGCCGACGUGCACGAUCUGACUCACUGUUUCGAGAGGUUCCAAACGGCGAACUCCGUAGGGAUUCAACUGACUCCGCGAGAAAGCUGCACGAAGAUACCUUUGAAGGGGAUAUUCAUAGGGGCGAAAGUCGUUCGCGGUCCCGAUUGGGAAUGGGGCAACCAAGACGGAGGAAGAGGGAAAACUGGUAGAGUGAUGGAUAUACGAGGAUGGGACAACGAGAGCGGCCGGUCGGUGGCGACGGUGACGUGGUCCAAGGGCAGUACGAACGUGUAUCGGCUGGGAUACAAGGGCUGCGUCGAUUUGUGUUACGUGGAGGAGGCUACAGCCGGCACGUACUACAAGGAACAUCUCCCGCUGCUCGGACAACCGGUGAUGACGGUGUCCGAUAACGUGGCGAACGUGACACCGACCAGAAGCGGUGUCCCUAGCGUUGUGUCUAGUCCGCGGCACUCGACGUUCAACGUCGGGGAUAAAAUAAAAGUAUUAGUCGACGUAGAUACGCUGAAAGAGAUGCAAGAGGGCCACGGCGGUUGGAAUCCGCGGAUGGCGGAGUACAUAGGAAAAGUCGGAAAGGUACACCGUAUUACGGACAAGGGAGACGUACGAGUUCAGUUCGAGGGGUGCAAUAAUCGGUGGACUUUCCAUCCGGAUGCACUGACCAGAGUCAGUAAAGAUGCGUUUUCCUUGGGCGAUAUCGUCAAGGUGAAGACCGACGUCGCCGCAGUGAAACUGUACCAACGAGGCCACGGGGAAUGGAUAGACGUGAUGAAGAACGCUUUAGGGAAAACCGGCAAGGUGAUCAAGAUAUAUUCUGACGGAGAUUUGAGAGUCGCGUUGGACGGGCACACGUGGACGUUCAAUCCUCUGAGCGUUACCCUCGUGCCUCCCGGUACGGAGACCGCGGCUCUCCAGGAAGAGGCAAACAGGAAUCGAGAGUGGACCGAAGGCGUCGACACGGAGGUCGAGAAGCUGCUGAGAGAUGCGGCCAGAGGAGAGGCCGGCGUCUCGGCGGUCCAGGAAUUUCUGAAGAAGUACCCCGGCAGAGUCGACGCGAGGGCCGGCGGACCGGGAGGUGGCACGAAAACAUGUUUGCAAGUGGCGGCCCAUCAGGGCCAACGAAACCUGUGCACUCUUCUUCUGGACGCCGGAGCGUCUCUACGAGCUGUCGACGAGGACGGGGACACUCCCCUUCACUAUGCCGCUUUCGGCAAUCAACCGGACAUAAUGGAGCUCCUGCUCUCUCGCGGUGCCGCGAUAAACGCCGUGAACAACGGGAAGUGCAGCGCGCUACACGUGGCCGUGAACAAGCAACACGCUCAGUGCGUAAAGGUUUUGUUACGACAUCAUUGCGACGUUGAUCUCCAGGAUUCGUACGGGGACACGGCGCUGCACGAUGCCAUUGGAAAAGAUGCGCUGGACAUAAUCGACGCGCUUUGCUCCUGCGAGAGAGUGGACUUCACCCUGAGGAACAAACGGGGCUUCAACGUGCUGCACCACGCUGCCCUGAAAGGCAACGCGCAUGCGACGGAGAGAUUGGUGGCCCGCGCAAGGCACUUGGUCGACGUUAAGAAAGAGGACGGCUUUGCGGCACUGCAUUUGGCGGCUCUGAACGGACACAAAGACGUGGCCGCGAUACUACUGUCUCCGAGCGGAGGAAACGCAAAGGUAGACCUGCGAAACAAUCGUCGGCAGACGCCGUUGCACCUGGCCACUUCCCAGGGCCAUUGGGCUCUCGUAGAGCUGCUCGUACAUCACAACGCCGACACGGCCAGCACGGACGCCGACGGGGACACGGUGCUACACAUUGCUAUAGUGAAGAGUCCCAAUCAGAGCAACGUGGUUCCUACGCCCGAGACUUGUCGGGACUCGCCUCUGAUCUAUGCGAUUUGGCAAAAUCUAGCGAGGCAAGAAGCGAAGACGGAACUGGCGUUGGCCUGUUUCUUGGUAAGCGUCGACAGAAGCCGGACGCUGUUGGAGCACGUGAGGAACUCGAAGAACAAGACGCCGUUAGAUCUCCUCGAGGAGGAUGCUCAGCUUGCUCCGUACGCCGAUCUGCUGCGAUGUUACGAAUACCAAAAUCGCAGUGAUCCACUAGAAAUAGAAAAUGCCUCGGCCUUGCAGCAGCCCUCGCUGUAUCGGAUAGACGCACCGUUGCAGUUGGAAGCGGUGCUAGGGACCAGGAAGGGCGUUUCGACUUCCGGCGAUGUUUCCGUCUGUCACGCAUGCUUGGGUUUGGCGGGGAACGGAGGAAACAGGUUCGAUCCGGGCAGCAGGAUGACGAUCAUGAACUGCGCGCACUGCGGGCAUGGGAUCGCUAGAACUGAAGGCAUUCAAGAUGGCCAAGCGGCGACAGGAGAAGUUUCGUUAAAGCAACAAGAGAAAGAAAAGGAUAACGCGUUGGACGAGAAGAAAGAAGAGAAUCAAGACAAAGAAAGGGAGAAGGACAAGGAUUUGGAACGUCUGCGAUAUUUAGAGACGCGGGUAGCCGAUCUGGAGGAAGCCAACAUGUGCAGUAUAUGCAUGGAACGUCGUCGGAACGUCGCUUUUCUUUGCGGUCACGGAGCUUGCGAGCAUUGCGCGGCUCCAUUGAAGACUUGCCACAUGUGUCGCAAAGUGAUCACUAAGAAAAUUAAUUUGUACUAGAAACAACCGGUCGUCUGACUUCAUUUCCAGUUACCCUCGUGACGCGUCAGCUUGUAAAUACGUCACAUUAUUGGCAUUUACGAUGUCGACUGCCAAAUAAGGACAGUUUCCUUCAUAAUUUAAAUAUCGAGCAUUCAACGAAGUCUUCGUACGAUUUGCACCAGCGUUGUGCCAUAAAUACGGAAAUAAGAACGAUGCGUUCGAACGAGUUAGAGAUCGGGCGAGUGUCAAAAUUUUUACACGUUUCCUACUUCGUUCGCCGUGUUUGUACAUUGUGUUUUAUGCAGAGAUAAUCGCGUGCUUCUAUUUGUAAUAAACUGCAGACACUACGCUUGUCGUGUCCCGUCCAUAUUGUACCGUCGGUUAAAGAUACAAGCGAAUCAUAACGAUUCCGUUACACGCGUCGAGAGAAUCGUGACGAUUCAACGUGUUAGUGAGAAAAGAUACAGGGGAUCUACGUACGGCGAAAUCGGUGCCUGGUAUCUUUCAUUAACACGUUGUUCUCUUUUCGUUAAUACUACUCGAACGAACAAAAGGUGAAACGUUGAAUAAACCACGGAAUCUUUUCAUACAUAUCGUAUAAACACCUAACCGCGAUAUACACGUUGCAUACCGUUAUCAUCAUAAUCGUAGAUCGCGAUUUUACCGUUUUUAUAUCUAAAGGUUCAUGCGGCAUUAGUGUAGCAUCGACAAAAGAAAAGAAUUACACAUUCGUAAUAUAUACGUGGAACAAGAUGAUAUCGCGAACGAGAUAUCGUUUCUAGCCAAAAGUAAUCAAUAAAUAAGGAUAGUUUUUUUUAUCAUAAAGCAUGUGCCACGGAUAUUUAUACCUAUUGCCAAUGCGUAUUUAUACAGUUUUACUCGCGAGUAGUAUUAGAAAAGAUUGGCUGUUCGUUAGUCCAGCGGUCCAAGCGCAGAACUUUCGACAGACGGCAAAGACUUUUUCAAAUGAGAUUGCACAAUUCGAUACCGAAUAGUAAGCCUAAUGUUUGUGAUAAUUCAAUUCACUAGAAGGACGAUGAAUUUUCUUCCGUUUUAAAAAGAAAAUAAACAUACAUACAUACAUAUAUACAUACCCACGCAUCACAUGUGUGCAUAUAACAUGUAUUUAUGUAUGUAUUAUGUAUGUACGCUAAUGGUUGUAUCGUCGCGAAGUUUAUGCUAUACGUAGCUAAAACAAUAAAUGUACUUUUAAGCGCCGAUAACAAAUUUCUACGAUUUUACGUGAUACAUAAUUUAAAUAAACGAUAUAUGUAUGUAUAAAUGAA